GGUUCAACUACUGCUGUAGAGCCUUUUGUUUUUCACGGUUGGUUAGUGUAGGAGCACUGAAACAUACACCGCACAUAGGCAAGUUGUUGACAAUUUGUCUUGACAUAACUUUUGAUCUGUGCUCAACACAUACUCUGAAAGAACCUGUCUGUCUGAUUGCAGUGAUGAAGGGUAACAUGCAGAUUUUAACUACAAUGUGUGCGCUUCUUUGUUGGAUGCAGCCUAUAAGCUCCAAGAAGAUCAGUGACAUCUUCGGUCCACAACAAGACGCUUACCAGGUCAUCCCAUUGAGCAUGGUUGAAGAUGCUGUUGAUGACAUGUACUUUGGCUGCAAUGAAAAAAUGGCGAAAACAGUCAAAGACAAUUACUUUAAAAAAGAAGUGACAUCUGAAAUAUUUGGAAAAGCCUGGAAACAGGCAAAAGGUUGUGCAACCCGCAGCCUAGAAAGAAAAAGAAAAGAGGAUGUGGCUUUAACUAAGGAUCACAUGCAGGCAAUCUGUCUUUAUACAUCUGACUAUGAAAAAUUUUACAAGAAGUUUAAUGAAGCAGUCCGGACCAAUAGAAAAAUCUAUGGCACCUGCUUUCCAUUCCACUCCUUACAUUUCUGGCUGACAUCGGCUAUUCAAAUCCUCAAUUACAAUAAAAAGUGCAUCACUACUUACCGAAGAACAAAUGUUACAUUUGACAGCAACGACAAAAUGAUUCGGUUUGGUUUUUUUGCAUCCAGCUCUUACAGCACUGACCUGAAAAAGUUUGGUAACAAGACCUGCUUUAAAAUUAAGACCUGUUUUGGUGCUUUCCUGAAAGACUAUCCAUAUCUUGGAAGUAAAGAGCAAGAGGUGCUCAUCCCUCCCUAUGAGAAGUUCAAAAUCACUAAAGCGAAGAAGAGAUUUGUAGAAGGCUUGACUGACUGCGAGAUCAUCUACAAUCUCGAGAGUGCAGGAGUUGAAAGCAAUCUAGACUGCCGUGCUGCAAAGUAACAAAGCAACCAGUGGUUCUU